CCUUCCGGACAGCUGGUCCCUGAGCGGACUUAGGGUUUCCGGAGCUCGGCAUGUCAUGAUGUAUCUUAUCGAUAUCUGAUUAAGUCGUAUUUUCAUUGUAGAGCUCGUACUUUGUUUGGGAGCUGUAAUUUUCACAACUGAAUUGGUCAUACAACACCAUGGCGACGUCAAACCAAAUCAGAGACAUUCGAACCGUUCACCGAGACGAGGAAAAUGGCCUCAUCUUCGAGAAGAAUGUUUCGAUUCCUCUCAAAGCUUCUGAUUUACCCGUGCGAGCAAACGUGUACAGACCAAUCAGCACAGAAAACGGAGAGAAACUCCCUGUUUUGAUAACAUACGGUCCAUAUGGCAAAGAUAUUGCCUAUGCCACUUUCUACAAGGGAUCUUUCGACGAGGUCAAUCCCGAGCAUAGAAGCAAGUACAGCGCUUGGGAGACUCCAGAUCCAGUCUUCUGGACCUCGAGGGGUUAUAUUGUAGUUCGGGUAGAUGAGCGAGGUCUGGGUCAGAGUCCAGGAUUGCUGGAUACUAUGAGUCGGGGGACAAGUGAAUGCUUUUUUGAUGUUGUGGAAUGGGCUGCUGAGCAAUCUUGGAGUACUGGCAAAGUUGGACUUUUGGGGAUCAGCUACUUUGCAGGUAGUCAAUGGCGAGUUGCAGCUAGAAGACCAAAGGGCUUGGCUGCGAUCAUACCAUGGGAAGGGAUGGCUGAUUACUACCGAGACCGGUGCAGGCAUGGAGGAAUCCUUUCGAACAAGUUCAUCUCAUUUUGGUGGAAUCGUCAAGUCUUGGUCAACCAAUAUGGAAAGCCAGGACGAUCAAAAUUGACAUUCCCGCCUGAUGGACCUGGGGCACGAGGUCAGGAAGACACAAUCGAAGGAGAUUUGUCAGAAGAGGCACUCAAGAAGAACCGAAAGGAUCAGACGGAAGACAAUGAAUUAAAUAGAUAUCGAGACGAUGAUUACUACGCUUCGAAAGAGUUCCGUCUUGAGGAUAUUGAAGUGCCGCUGCUUUCGGUAGCAAAUUGGGGUGGUAUCAAUUUGCAUCUGAGAGGGAAUGUGGAAGGGUAUAGGUGGGCUGGAUCGAAGUUCAAGUACCUGAGAUUUAUCACUGGUCGUCACGAUCUCCCAUUCUACUACCAGAAAGAGGUCGAGAUACAAAAAUCUUUCCUCGACGCUUUCCUGAAAGGAGAGGAUUCAUAUGGAUGGACCACACCUGGAAAAGUUGCACCUGUUACUUUGACAAUCCGAAAAGGUAACGUUGGCUUCAACGACGUUGUGGCAGAAUCGGCAUACACGAAGAGAGAGGAAUCCGCUUGGCCCCUUCCUUCAACCCUGUACACCAAGUAUUACCUGGGAUCAGACAAGAGCCUCUCCCCGAAGCAAGCCAAGUCCAACGAGAAGUCCCAAAUCUCCUACUCUGCACUCGGCUCUAUCGAUCGAGAAGAUCAUUUCGCGAGAUUCGAGACAGCACCAUUUGAGCAAGAGACUGAAAUCACCGGUCAUGCUCUUGCACACCUCAAUGUUUCCAUGGCUCCCGACUCAAGCGAGAAGGAGACUGGUGACAAAGACAUUGAUCUAUUCCUCACCCUGCGAUACAUCGAUCCCAGUGGCAAAGAAGUCCUCUACACAGGCACAGCCGGAGACGGCGUACCACUCACCAAAGGCUGGCUUCGCUGUUCCAAUCGCAAGAUUCACGACGAGAAUCCUAGACAUCGGGAAUACAUGCCACACAGAGAGUACCUCUCAACCGAGGUUCAACCUGUACAAGCAAACGAGGUCUAUGGAGUUGAUGUGGAGAUCUGGCCUACGAAUGUGGUGGUUGAGAAGGGAGGGAAGAUUGUGCUGGAGGUUGCGAGUGGAGAUACGCAGGGUUGUGGGAUUUUCCAGCAUGCGAGUGACGUGGAUAGACCGGCUAGUAGGUUCAAGGGGUCGAAUGUGCUGCAUUUUGGAGGAGAGAGGGAGAAUUAUGUUACGUUACCUGUUAUUCCUCCCAAGUAGAGCAAACUUAGAUCCGUUCCUUCGCCAUAGUUUGUUGUCGGCAAAAUACUCUCCUCGUCGCUGUCAACUAACUUCUAGAAAUUGCUGGCGGGGAUACUUAUUU